CCUUGGAGGUAUGUGAGGGUCUGAGGCCGCCUGCGACACCUUGGGGAGUGCCGUGCACACAGGGGGUCGCUUGGGGGCAGCAAGGACCCGACGACUUUGCAGCAGCGGCGGAAACAGCCCAGAGAGGUGAAGACAUUAGCCCGAAGUCACACAGCAGGGGUGCCCACUGGAAGCCAGAAUGUCCGAAAAUGAGUCAGCUCAGGCCCCAAGUGCCAGUCUGUGGGAACAUGACCAGCAGAACGCAGUGCAGCGCGUGGCGGCGCUGCCCCUGGUCAGGAGCACGUGCUCGGCCGUGUCGGGCGCCUACAGCGCCGCCAAGGACAGGUACCCGCUGCUGGGCUCCGCCUGCCGCCUGGCCGAGCACUGCGCGUCCGACCUCACUGCCCGCGCCCUGGACCACGCCCAGCCGCUGCUCAGCCACCUGCAGCCCCGGAUGGCCACCGUGAACGAUCUGGCCUGCAGGGGCUUGGACAAGCUGGAGCAGAAGCUUCCGUUCCUCCAGCAGCCGUCCGAGAUGGUGGUGACCUCGGCCAAGGACGCCGUGGCCAGCGGCGUGACAGGUGUGGUGGGCUUGGCCCAGAAGAGCCGCCGUUGGAGCGUGGAGCUGAAGCGCUCCGUGAGCCACGCCGUGGAUGUGGUGCUGGGCAAGUCGGAAGAGCUGGUGGACCACUUCCUGCCCAUGACAGAGGAGGAGCUCGAGGCGCUGGCGGCGGAGGCUGAGGGCCCGGAGGUGGGCUCGCUGGAAGAGCAGCGGAAGCAGCAAGGCUACUUUGUCCGCCUGGGCUCCCUGUCGGCGCGGCUCCGCCACCUGGCCUAUGAACACUCACUGGGGAAACUCAGGCAAAGGAAACACCACGCCCAGGAUACACUGGCCCAGCUGCAGGAGGCCCUGGAGCUGAUCGACCUCAUGCAGUGUGGCACAACCCCCAGAGCCCCGGGCCGCCCCGGGAAGGUCCUGGAGCUAUGGGAAGAUUGGAGCCAGAGCCCCUCUGAAAACGGGCGCACCCGCACUCAGGCGGAGCUGGAGACGCUGUCGCUGUCGCGCAGCCUGAUGCGGGAGCUGCAGGAGUCGGUGGACGCGCUGGAGGGCAGCGUGCGGGGCCUGCCGGCCGGCGCUCAAGACAAGGUGGCCGAGGUGCGGCGGCGGGCGGACGCGCUGCAGGCCGCCUUCGCGGACGCGCGCUGCCUGCGGGACGUGCCGGCCGCCGCGCUGGCCGAGGGCAGGGGCAGCCUGGCCCGCGCGCACGCCUGCGUGGACGAGCUGCUGGAGCUGGUGCUGCAGGCCGUGCCCCUGCCCUGGCUGGUCGGGCCCUUCUCCCCGCUGCUCCUGGAGCGCCCCGACACGCCCCGCGACCUGUCCGUCUGGGUGGACGAAGUGGUCGGGGCCCCCGACCCGCGCUGGGCGCACCUGGACUGGCCGGCCCAGCAGAGGGCCUGGGAGGCCCAGCACGGAGACGCGGGGAUGGUGCUCCCCGAGGAGGAGCCGGAACCCCCCAAAACGCCCAAGCACACGCUGAUGCCCGAGCUGGACUUCUGACCCCCGCCGCCGGGGCUCUGCCGCCCCCUCGUGGACGUGAUGGGGAACUGCAGACCAGCGUUUCCACCGUGCCCGGGACUCAAGGACUUGGGGGGGGCCCUCACUCUACCCCCCCAAGCUAACUUCUGUCUCUCACUACUACAGGGGUUCUUCCCCCAGUUCUAGGAGCUGAUCAUAAAAGGCUCCCAGGGAACGUGCCUUUUGGCCUGGCAGUAGUGGGGAAGGGAACUCGGAGUCAGCUCCAACCUGCCUGGCCACGUGGACUGAAAAAGAAUUUCCCCAGUGGGGCCUGAGGAAUCGGGCCGCGGCGAGGGCGCUAGGCCUGGCAUGCAGCCGACCUGGGUUCAAUCCCUGGCAUCCCCUAGGUUCCCCUGAGCACUGCCAGGAAUGAUCCCUGAGCAUGAGCACAGAGCCAGGAGUCAGACCUAAGCACACACACAAAAAAGGGACUGGAGCAAUAGCACAGCGGGUAGGGCGUUUGCCUUGCACGUGGCCGACCCGGGUUCCAUUCCCAGCAUCUCAUAGGGUCCCCUGAGCACAGUAAUUCCUGAGGCAGAGCCAGGAGUAACCCCUGUGCAUUGCCAGAUGUGACCCAAAAAAGCAAAAAAUAAAAAAAUAAAAAAAGAAGAAGAAAAAUGCUUGCAGAUGUUCU